AUGCGACGACAGACCGACGAGAUGCCCUACCAGUGCCAGUUGUGCCACCGGCGCUUUGCACAGUCGGAUGUUCUGCACAUGCACAUGGCCAUGCACUUGGGCCAGAAGUCGCACCUGCGUGAGCACUGCGGCAAGGCAUUCCGGCAGUACCCACAGAUGGACCUGCACAUUCAGCGGCAUCAGGGGCUGCCCCAUCACUCCUGCAACAUCUGCCCCUCAAAGUUCCUCACCAAGGCUGCCAUGCUGCGUCACGAACGGACACACACAGAACGCCCUUAUGUGUGUACUCAGUGUGGAAAGAAAUUCACGCGGCAGCCGCCACUCAAUGAGCCCACCAACCGACACUACGACAUCAAGCCUUUCGAUUGCAAGUACUGCGACAAGACAUUUGCUGAUGUGUCGGCGUGUUAUAAGUAUACCAAGCUUUACUUCAUGACAGAGAAUGGAGAUAAUAACGGAUGUGCUCAGAACGCCAUGAAAACGACUGAGGCACGCAUUCCACCACUCCUUGGGACUGCCCUGCAGGCUGCGGGGAGCGCAGUUACCGGCUUCUGCUGCCGAAUUUAG